CUGUUCGCGUGCAGACGACCGACCUACUGAUAUUUCCGUUUUGUGGAUUCUAACGUUUAACUCCAGGUAGCUACUUUUUGGAACAUUCCUGCGAUGAGUAAUGAAGAGGCUGCAGUGCAGGCGUUGUCGAUCAUGCAAUCCGGCGUGACUGCGGUCGUCAAUGACGACGAGAGCAGUAGUGAGCUUACGGACCUCGACCGGCCCGAUGCAGUGAACGCAAGCGAUCAAGACGAGGAAAUGAUCGAUAGUGAUGGAUCGGAUGGCAACAAUCGGUCUGCUUCCGAUGCCGACCAAUCAGAUUUCGAGGAAGCCGACGAGGCCGACGGUGACGAGGAUGAUGAGGAUGAAGACGAUAAUGAUGUCGACAGCCAGGAAACUGAGGAAGAAGAUCUCCGGGGAAUCUCAAAGGAGACUGAUUCCAAAGAGCGUUCCUCAAAGAAUGGCACCGCGUCUGAUGGCGAGGACGGCGUGAACGAAGCCGAAGGUGGGUCUAGCGAUACCAUGUCUCAUUCGAAGAACUCCAAAUCAGCGCGCCGGAAACCUGAGUAUUUUGAUCCUGAGCUAUACGGUCUACGAAGAAGUAACCGUUCUCAUGUGGCACCGGACCGAUUUGUUGAGUUCGAUGCCGCCGAUGAGAGCGAUGAGACCCCUAGAAAGUCGCGGAAAGCUAUGAAGCGCGAAACAAAAACUGCCGCUUCAUCGCGUACGCAGUCCGCUUCUUCCGACAGCGACGACUUUGGAGCGUCUUCGCGGUCUCGCAAGAAACGACGGAAGACAAGCAAUCAUGUUUCGGAAAUGAGGUUCUCGACGCGCAACAAUAAAGUGAUGAACUACAACGAGGAUGAUUUCGACAAUGAUCUAGAUCUUAGCGAGGAAGAGGUUUAUCCGGUUAAGAGUUCUGAGAAGACUUCGUAUCAGGAGGAAUACUACGUUGGUGAUACGAGAGCGAUUGAUCUUGUACUUGAUCACCGACCGAUUGCUGAGGGACCAGAUAACGGAACCAAUGACCCUCGAAAAGAUCUCGAGUACUACAUCAAAUGGCAAGGAAUCUCUCACCUGCACAACACUUGGGAAACCUACGAAGAUCUUUCGGUUCUCAAAGGUAACAAGCGUCUGGACAAUUACAUCCGUCAGAAUGUCAUUCUGGAUUCUCAAAUCCGCAGCGACCCCUCAACCUCGCGCGAAGACAUUGAAGCCAUGGAUCUCGAGCGCGAGCGUUUGAGAGAAAACUACGAGGAGUUCAAGACGGUCGAGCGAGUUGUUUCCUCCGAGCGAUCGAAUGCUGAUGGCAAGAAGAAAUUGCGCUAUCUUGUGAAAUGGAAACGGCUGUAUUAUGACGCCUGUACCUGGGAAGACGCGGAGUACGUUGCCAAGAUCGCUCCACGAGCAGUCGAGCAAUUCCUUGCGCGGUCAAACUCAAAGCUCUUGCCGUCCAACAGUGUCAACUAUGGCGCUCGUCGACCAAGGUUCGAGAAGCUUACUGAGCAACCUUCGUACGUCAAGAAUGGAGAACUCCGAGAUUUCCAGUUGACUGGACUCAAUUGGAUGGCCUUCUUAUGGUCGCGGAAUGAGAAUGGCAUUCUUGCGGACGAGAUGGGUCUCGGAAAGACUGUGCAGACGAUCGCCUUCUUGUCAUGGCUGGUGUAUGCACGUAAACAGCAUGGUCCUUUCUUGGUGGUAGUUCCGCUGUCGACAGUACCUGCCUGGCAGGAGACUAUCGAUCUCUGGGCACCUGAUCUCAACUACAUUGUCUACCUCGGAAACACAGAGUCGCGACGCGUGAUGCGGACGCAUGAGUUCUACGUCGACGGCAACAAGAAAAAGCCCAAGUUCAACAUUCUUCUCACUACCUACGAAUACAUUCUCAAAGACCGAUCUGAGCUCGGAAGCAUAAAAUGGCGAUUCCUCGCUGUGGACGAGGCGCACAGACUGAAAAACUCUGAAUCUGCGCUAUACGAGUCCUUGCAGGAGUUUAAGGUUGAAAAUAGGCUGCUGAUCACUGGUACCCCUUUACAGAACAAUAUUCGAGAGUUGGCAGCCUUGAUCGACUUUUUGAUGCCAGGGAAAAUUAAUAUCGAUCUGGAGAUUGAUUUCGAGAGCCCGGGUGCCAACCAGGAGGUAUACAUUCGUGAUCUACAUGAACAACUGAAACCGUUCAUUCUCCGUCGAUUGAAGAAGGAUGUGGAGAAAUCGCUACCUUCAAAGUCCGAACGUAUUCUUCGAGUUGAGCUCUCUGAUAUGCAGACCGAGUACUACAAGAAUAUCAUCUCCAGGAACUACAGUGCUCUCAAUGCCGGAGCUACCGGUAGUUCACAGCUCAGUCUGUUGAAUAUCAUGAUGGAAUUGAAGAAAGCGAGUAACCACCCGUAUCUUUUCCCCAACGCUGAAAACCAAUUCCUGAGCUCGCUCGACGGAGACCACAGCAAUGAAAGGAUUUUCCGCGGCAUGAUCAUGAACAGCGGAAAGAUGGUUCUUCUUGAUAAGCUGCUCGGUCGUCUACGACGAGAUGGUCAUCGCGUGCUUAUUUUCAGUCAGAUGGUUCGAAUGCUGGACAUUUUGGGCGACUAUCUGACGCAGCGGGGGUUGCCGUUUCAGAGACUGGAUGGUACUAUUCCUGCGCAAACCCGAAGGAUAGCGAUUGAUCACUUCAACGCGCCCGGAAGUCCCGAUUUCGUGUUUUUACUGAGUACUCGAGCGGGUGGUUUGGGAAUUAACUUGAUGACGGCCGAUACUGUCAUUAUCUUUGACUCUGACUGGAAUCCGCAGGCCGAUCUGCAGGCGAUGGCGCGUGCGCACCGAAUCGGACAAAAGUCGCAUGUGAUGGUCUACAGAUUUGUGUCGAAGGACACGGUGGAGGAGGAAGUUCUCGAGCGCGCGAGGCGGAAGAUGAUUUUGGAAUACGCGAUCAUUUCGCUCGGAAUCACAGACAAGAGCGGUGCUUCGAAAAAGACCGAGCCGACGAGCAAAGAACUGAGUGCGAUUUUGAAGUUUGGCGCGGGUAAUAUGUUCAAGGCGAAUGAGAAUCAAAAGAAGCUUGAGAACAUGAACCUUGAUGAUGUUCUCGAGCAUGCCGAAGAUCACGAAACUCAGCCAGAUCUGGGAGAGUCGCAUUUGGGUGGUGAGGAGUUCCUGAAACAGUUUGAGGUGACGGAUUACAAGGCCGAUGUAGAUUGGGAUGAUAUCAUUCCCGCGGGUGAUCUGGCAAAGAUCAAGGAGGAGGACCGGAAGAGACAGGAAGAAGAAUACUUGCAAGAGCAGAUCAACCUGAGCAGUCGACGGAAGGUAACGAUGCGGCAGUUAUCGAAUGACAAUGAUUCAGAGGAUAGCUCGUCGCAGCGCGAGAACCGAAGGAAGGAGAGAGCGAUUAAGCGCAAGCACGAGACGGAUGGUGCGGGAGAUCCCAACAGCUUGACAGAGCGCGAUAUCCGAGGAAUCUACAAGUCGAUACUGCGGUACGGAAACCUUCGUGAGCGAUGGCACCAGAUUGUGGCAGAUGGAUCGUUCUCAAACAAGGAACCUGAGCGGAUCAAGGAGGUAUUCGAUGAGAUGACUGAGCUGAGUAAAGAGGCUAUUGCUCGUCAGGAAGCGCGGCGGGUUGAGAUGGAGAAGAAUUUGCCUCCGAGUGAAGUUGGCAAGAAGAAGGAGCGCAAGGCAGUACUGUUUGAGUAUAAAGGUCUUGUUAAAAACCUGAAUGCCGAGCUGAUUCUGCAGCGACCUCAGGAUCUCAAAAUUCUCGACGACGCGAUCCCGAAGGAAGAUCCUCUGACGUUCAAACUCAAGGGACAUGUGAAGUCAGUGCACGGAUGGAACUGCUCGUGGGAGUUGAAGGACGACGAGAUGCUUCUGGUGGGAGUGUUCAAAUACGGCUACGGAGCAUGGGCGAGCAUACGAGAUGAUCCGACACUUGGGCUGAGCGACAAAUUUUUCCUCGAAGAGCACCGGAUAGAGAAGAAAGAAGAGCGCGUGAAAGAGGAGAAAUCGGGACCGAAGAUGCCGGGGCCUGUGCACUUGGGUCGUCGGGUGGAGUACCUUAUCUCGUUGCUGAAGGAGCCUGAACCACGUGAUGCGGAGAAAGAUAGUAGACGUCGGAAGCGGCUGGCAACUAAAACUGGCAAGGUCAAUUCCGGCUCUGCCUCUGCGUCACCGGCACCGCCGGCAGGGAUCAAGGGCGAGAAUGCAAAGGCAACGGAGAGCAGCCACGAUCAUUCUGCGCCUGCGAACGGAUCUUCUGCUCCACCGCGAGCGAAGACGGCCAAGGCUGAGCGUCCGAAGAAGGUAUCUGGAAGCUUGCCGCCGCUAUCUGCGCAUCGUCGCGAGAAGGUGGAGAAGGUGGAGAAGGUCGAGCGGAACGGAGAUGAGAGUGACUACCCGAGCAUGGACGAGCAGUCGUGCAAGGAUAUGCUGCAUCCGGUGCGGCAGAGUCUGCGGCGACUUCGAAAGGGCGGCGCGGGCAUUGAUCGUGCUGAGUGGGCUGAUAUUCUGAAGCGAGAGCUGACGAGUGUCGGCGACCAUAUCCAUCGCAAGGUGUCGUCUGCUCCGCGCGACGAGCAGGAUAAGCUCUACAAGCAUUUAUGGGUCUUUGCGAGUUACUUCUGGCCGGCGAAGGUGUCGUCGCGAAAGAUCGCAGAGAUGUAUUCCAAGCUGCGGAAGCAGAGACAGGCCGCGGCAAGCGAGCAGAAGAACGGGACUGCAGUGAAGCAGGAGAACCGACCGUAAGAUAGAGCGCGAGGCGCGAGUAAUAUGACUAGCUGCUGUGAUUGUAUCUGAUAUGUUUAUUGUUCUCUUCGAUGUAUUUGAAUUGAUGUUUACACACGGCUACAUUCGGAAUACGAGUACGAGCGGGAGUGGUGGCCAAUUAGAAGGCGCAGAUAGGGCGCUGACGGGCGGAUGACGUCGGUGGAGAUCUGCGGGCUUAAAUAGGCACCGGGGCUCAUCUCGCUCGAGCCUCACAGCUG